UCCAGAGAGAAAUCUGACUAAGCAUUUGUGUCUUGCAGAAUAGAGAGAGCGUGCGCGUAAACGAACGAGUAUGCAUUCUUGUCGAUGGCCGUGACGUUCUUCUUCAAAGCAGCAACAUUUUUUUCUUCAAUACCAACGUAGACCGUUAGAGUGUUUUCGUGGAGAAAUGGUGAACUAAAAAUUCCAUACCACUUCCCUUGACGUCAAUGACAGUAAGGAAUGAUCACGACUGGCCGCAUGAUGGAAAAAAGAAAGCAGAAACUGGAUACAGACGUCCAACGCAGUGAUCCCGAAAGACAUGUAUACGAUCCCUUGUUUGGUGACCGGAGGGACGCUGCCUGGAUGUUGUUGGGUACUGCGUUCGCGUUCGCCUUCAGCUGGCUCUGGCACGGAAUGGACAAGGUAGCCACUGUGUGGUCCGUGCUGAGCGUACUGGGCAUCGCCGCCGAAGUCCUGGCUGCUGAAGCCACGAAGCUGCGACCCGCAAAAUAUUUCGAGGAGCGGUACCUAACCACGCCUGAGCGACUUCGGGUUGUUGGAGCGUUGCUUGGCUCACCAAACUACCUGCUGUCCAUCUGUGCCUGCAUCUUCCACCUCGCUGACUACGACAUCUGCAUCAUUCUGUGCAAAAGAAUACUUAUAGAUGCGUUCCUUACGGACCAAAUGAAGUAUGCGUUUGUUGAGAGCCCGUACGGCCUGAAACAGAAGCAGGACAAGUCAAACUGGGGAUGGCAGACCACUAAGUACGUCACGGUCAACACCUGGAAGUGGUACAUCCUGCACCCUAUACUCGCCAGAGUCACAGCCCACGUGGCACCAUCGCUGAUUCUCGUGUUCUACGCUGCCUAUUCGUCCCUCUUCGUGGCCAUUCAUUUAGGCUGGGAGGUGGCGCUGGGGUUCCUGGCGCAACACGCCGUCUUCUACGCGGUAGCCUCUUUGCGCAUACCCGCGCUGUGCUAUAUGGCCGCCGCCGUGAUCCACUGCCAAAAGUUUGUGAACCUUUACGACCCAGCGAUGUACAUGUACGAGCGAUAUGGCAUCAUGCCACAAAGGGUGGCCUACGUCACUUUUCACUGGAACAUAAUGCGUGGCCUCAGCUUCAGCCUGGACUGGGUUCGAGCUCAGCGCCAAAGCCUAGGGAAUAGCCGGUGGCCGCCAUAUUGGAAGACGCUUGCCUAUCUGACCUACCUGCCCACAGCCUACCAUGGACCUCCGCAGAAUUACGAUGAUUUCAUGGUUCAGAUAGACAAGUCGAGGCCCCACUGCACGCUGAGAGAGAUUGCCACAUCGGUGGCACGCAUUCUGCGAAGCAGUCUCCACUUCUUUCUUAUGGAGUUCUUGGCCCACUUUUUCUACAGCUCGGCAAUGGCCAGGUGGCCCUGGAUGGCCGAGCGGCUGGACCUGUACAGCCUGGUGGGCUUCGCCUUUUCUCUGCUGUUCUUCUUCUACAUACGCUACCUCUUCACCUAUGGCUUCGCCGGUGCCAUAGCCCGUGCCGAAGGCAUUAACAUCCCACCUCCGUCUAUGUGCAUUGCCACAAUGUACCGCUGCUCACACUUUUGGAGGUACUUUGACCGGGGAAUGCAUCUUUGGAUUCGAAGGUACUUCUACGAGCCAGUGGUGGGCCAUAGUCAGAGUCCAUAUCAUGUCGUGCUGGGUACCGCCGUAGCGUUCGGCUUCACCUGGCUGUGGCACAGUUUGCACAAGAGGGACGCCAUCUGGUGCGCGCUCAGCGUUCUCGGCAUUGCCCUCGAGGUGAUUGUUCGUGCAGUGAGGAAGCAAGACGCCUGCAAGAAAUUAGAGGCCCGCCACCUGGUGUCAGCUGGGCGAAAGCGAGUGGCCAAGGCCUUGAUAUGUUCACCGCACUUCGUGCUCACCAUGUGUGCCUGCAUCUUCCACCUGGCGGAGCCGGAAGUGUGUCUCAUCAUGUGCCGAAGAAUUUUGACUGGUUUCCCUUUCCCACUAGUAUUCGUCUUCUUGGGCAUGUACAGCGGCUUGAGCGUUGCUCUGGACUUGGAAGAGUGGAAAGAAAAACCGCCGGUGCAAGAAAAGCGAAAGGCUUCUUCAUCAACUAAUUAAUGGCGUCGGUGUUUAGCCAUCUGCGUUUCUCGUUCACACAACAAAUAAACGGCUCACGAAUAAAAAAUGG